CCGCAUUGGUCCCUUUUGGCUGCAGUGGCCGCAGCAGCCGCACACUCGACACAACAGUCCACUGGCCGACUCGCAACAGCGAGGCGUGAAAGAAAGAGGGUGAUCGCGAUCGUUGCUGUCUUGCACCGCUCCGCCACAGGCCGACCUCUAGAUCUGUGUCUUCCGUCCACGACCAGCUCAUUCCUCCGCUCGUUUCACCAUCAUUUCUCAGUCCUUCCUAGGCUGCGCAUAUGUCGACGUCGCAAAGCGCGCUCAACCAGAGGUCUCCCCAGUCUCCGCCCAAUAACCGCCACUCAAAAAUCACUGUUGAGUACCACCGCCCAUCCCGCGAGUCCAUCCAGGAGUACAACGAUCUCCUUGCCGAGGCCCAUCUCCACGCCGCUGCCGCAAACGGCUACUCAGACUCCUUCGCACCCUCUAGACAGGCACCGCCGCCUCCUCCAAUCGCGAAGAACUCGUCCGGGACACCUCCGCGGGUCCGUAACUCCCUCCAGAAGCCGCCACCUCGCAAGCAGAACACCCAUCCCGUUGAUCGCGACCCCUUUGCUUCUUCUCGUUCCACCAGCAACCACGCGAAGGACGACUCCUACAGCAUGACUGCCUCGCCCCCUCCGCGCCCCUCACGGGCCAACACCGCCAACCUCACGGACAUGUUCCCCACUCAGGCUAACCUGGCCCGGCAACGGCUCUCCGAUCCCGUUCUGGUCUCAAGUGACGUCCCUUACUACCCUGAUCCCUCCGACCCGAGGCUACAGCAAAGCCAAUUCGUGGACUAUCAGCAACCACCAUUGCCGCCGGUGCCACCCACCCCAAGCACGAUCAGUAGUGCGGGGAGCAGGUCGCGGAGCGGGACUACAACGAAAUCGAAGAAGGGUAUGUUCACCUUCAUGUCCGACUUCCUCAACAGUUCCAAGCGGCCGGAGAUCAGCACGCCGUACGAUCCAGUCCACCUGACGCAUGUCGGCUUCAAUACUUCGACGGGCGAGUUCACGGGUCUACCAAAGGAAUGGCAACAGCUCUUGCAGGAGAGCGGCAUUUCCAAGCUGGAGCAGGAGAAGAACCCGCAGGCGGUCAUGGAGAUUGUGAAGUUCUACCAGGAGAACAACCGGGGGGACACGUCCGUCUGGGACAAGAUGGGUGCUAUUUCCGCUCCUACUCCCCCCACGCCCUCUGCGAGCACGAUGGCGCCGAAGACAUUCAUGGACGAGGGUCUUCAAUCGCCCCGGCCAGCUCCUCCGCCGCCCAAGAAGCCUUCGCAUGCGAACAGUAUGCCCUCGGGCACCUCGGGCACGCCCGUGGCCCAACGCAUGGCUCCCGCUCCACCUUCACCUGCUACUACAGCCCUCGACCGCUCGACGUCGCAACGUCUUCCGCAAUCUAAGCCUCUCAAGCCAUCUGAGCAGCUUGCACGGGCGAAUACAACGCGCGACCACCGGUCACCGGGUCCGGGUCAAUCUCCCUCACACCAUUCGCCUAACCACCAUGCUCAGUCGCAAAUCGCCAUGCCGUCCAAGCCCCCGAAGGCAUCACCGGGAUCAUCGCAGACGGAUUUGGCCCUCAAGUCUUCCCCAAGUAUGCGCGAGCGCGACGGACGGGGUCCGGCGUCGCAGCCUCAGCCGAGUGCGGCAGCGGCGAGCCUGCAGAAGGCCGCCGCAUCGGGUACCGCGACCCCGCGGAGGCGAGAGAAGAAGGAGAAGGACAAAGACAAGGAGGCGGACAUCGUGAAGCGGCUGCAGCAGAUCUGCACAGACGCGGACCCGACGAAGCUCUACCGGAACCUUGUCAAGAUCGGUGCCGGUGCGUCGGGCGGCGUCUACACUGCGUACCAGGUCGGGACGAACCUGUCGGUCGCGAUCAAGCAGAUGGACCUCGACAAGCAACCGAAGAAGGACCUCAUCAUCAACGAGAUCCUCGUCAUGCGCGCCUCGCGGCACCCGAACAUUGUCAACUACAUCGACUCGUUCCUGCACAAGAACGAGCUGUGGGUCGUCAUGGAGUACAUGGAGGGCGGUUCGCUCACGGACGUCGUCACUGCGAAUUUGAUGACGGAGGGCCAGAUCGCCGCUGUGUCGCGCGAGACCGCGCAAGGGCUCGAGCACCUCCACCGACAUGGCGUCAUUCACCGUGAUAUCAAGAGCGACAACGUGCUGCUCAGCUUGAACGGUGACAUCAAGCUCACCGACUUCGGUUUCUGCGCGCAAAUAUCCGAGGCCAACUCCAAGCGCACGACCAUGGUCGGUACGCCAUACUGGAUGGCACCGGAGGUCGUUACGCGGAAAGAGUACGGACCGAAGGUUGACAUCUGGAGUUUGGGUAUCAUGGCCAUUGAGAUGAUCGAGGGCGAACCGCCAUAUCUCAACCAGAACCCCUUGAAGGCGCUGUACCUCAUCGCGACCAACGGGACGCCUCAGAUUGCGAACCCCGAGUCGCUCUCACCAAUAUUCCGGGACUACCUCGGGAAGACCUUAGAGGUAGAUGCUGAGAAGCGGCCCAAUGCAUCCGAGCUGCUCCAGCAUCCCUUCUUCAAGCUGUCUGAGCCCCUACGGACACUCGCCCCGCUCAUCAAGGCCGCGCGUGAAAUCGCCAAGAACAAGUGAGCAGCGGCCGGCCCCCUCCCCCAGGUUCAAUGCUCCGUCGUCUCCCGCACUGCCUCGUCACCCCCAUGUCAUGCAUCGAUCUAUCUAUAUCCACUCUCUCGAUCUCCACCUGACGCUUCCGCUGUGUGCGUGCCCGCCAAUGUCUCGAUUAGGUCCCGGUCUCUCCGCCCUCACUCUGCCUGGUCUGCCCAUGCCUCCCCCCAAUGUGCGAACGACCUCCGGUGCGACGCGCGACGGCCGCGCGUGUUGUGUCUCAUACAAACAAAUGUCCCCGCUACGCUACGUUACGUUACGCUGUGCCUGCGCCGGGGUGCUGUAGAAUUUUCCCGUGCAAUCGGUUUCUUUCGGACGCGGUUCGAAGGGCGGGGCUUGUACUGUCGCUGUUCACAUCCG